CGCGCCCGCCUCUCGGCGCAGCUCUGUGACGGGGCGCGAGCCGGAGAGGGCGGAGGAGACCCGGGCCUGAGCAGGAGCGCCCGCCGCUGCCCAGCCCGGCCGGCCCGGCCGUGCCGAUGGUGGCUCCGUGGUCCGCGGCCGCCCGGGGCCCUGCGCUCCUGCUCCUGCUCCUCCUGGCCACGACGCGCGGCCAGGAACAGGACCAGACCACCGACUGGAGGGCUACCCUCAAGACCAUCCGCAACGGCAUCCACAAGAUCGACACGUACCUCAACGCCGCGCUGGACCUGCUGGGCGGCGAGGACGGCCUCUGCCAGUACAAGUGCAGCGACGGAUCGAAGCCUGUUCCACGCUAUGGAUAUAAACCGUCGCCACCAAAUGGAUGCGGCUCUCCAUUGUUUGGUGUUCAUCUGAACAUUGGCAUCCCUUCCCUGACAAAGUGCUGCAACCAACAUGACAGGUGCUAUGAGACCUGUGGUAAAGGCAAGAACGACUGUGACGAGGAGUUCCAGUACUGCCUCUCCAAGAUCUGCCGAGACGUACAGAAGACGCUAGGACUUGCUCAGAAUGUUCAGGCGUGUGAAACAACGGUGGAGCUCCUCUUCCACAGUGUCAUACAUCUAGGCUGCAAGCCAUACCUGGACAGCCAGCGAGCUGCGUGUUGGUGUCGCUACGAAGAAAAGUCCGAUCUGUAAGGAAGACUCCGUCAGCCGGUGAGCUGACGAGAACGAAGGACAAUCCUUGUCAAAGACGCUUUCACAGCCUAAAGCUGCCUUAUAUUUGUGAUGGGUCAUUUUAAGACCUUACUGACUGUUUUUUGAUUUUAAAACCUCAAAGUGAAAAAGGAGUGGGGGCCGGUAAGAAGUAGAGCGAAGAGCAUGCUGGGAACUGGAAGUAGAGAGGAGAGUAUGCCGCCUUUGUGAGCUUCGUUGUCUCAGUGACUCCCCCAAAACAGGAAAAAAGCUUGAAGCCUGCGUGGCUUCUUUUUCAUAGCUGUACUUAGCAAUAAAAAUUAGAGCAAGCGUAAAAUUAAUUAUAAGGACUUUUCAACAUGAUUUUAUUUUAAAAUAUUGUCCAAUCUUCCCGUAGAAGUAUAAUUUACUUUGAAAUUUCAACUGUGCGUUUAGGCCAGGAGGAACUAACUAUUAUUUCUCUGUUGUAAUUAUACAUAACAUGUUGUUUCUCAGGAGCCCACGACGACGGGAACUAGUUGUGUUAUGCACAGUGACAAGGAUUUCAAGUGUUCAUCUCUCUUACAGUUGGCAACACGGGCCAGUACUGCUUUUCAGGGACAACCCAGGACAUCCAAGUAUUGUGAUGUGAAUGAUAUUCGGAAACACAGCACUCCUGUUUCACAGACCAGUUAUAGUUCUAAUCGAGAUGGAUGUAGUGAGAUCAGAGCGCUAUAUGUUGUCCUAUUUGAUGGUUCUUCCCUAAUACCUGUUCCUCACCUUACAUUCUGGAGCAUUGUUAAAAGAUUGACCUUCUACUAAUGGAGGUCUAAUAAAAGUUAUUCUUGAUAA